AUGGAACUAGAAACAAGUACCAUUGUCGCGGAACCAGAUCUCAGAAGUAACGAUCUGUGUCUUGAGUCUACAGUCCAACGGGAGUUGCAGUCUCAACAAACUAAGAGCGACAACAAUAAUAAUAAUAAUAUUGAUGGCAUAAUAUGGACUAAAAAAAAACCUACAGCCAAUGAUCUUGAAGCAACUUCCCUUCUGCUUUCAACCAGGCAAAAAAUGAGCAAGCUUUUUGAUGAUAAAAAAACCAGGAAGGCGAAAUUGUGGAAUGAUGUAGCGAAGACACUAGAGGACAAUAAUUAUAAGUUGGGUGAAAAAGGGGGCGAAAGAUGCAGGCAGAAGUUCGCCAAUCUUCAAAAAUCAUACCUUGCUUACAUUAAACAUCAAACAACAACAGGGACAGAAAAAACUGACGAAGUGCCCCCUUUCUUUGAGGAAAUACAUUCAAUUUUAGGAGGAAAACACAAGGUAAACCCUGCCAAUUUAGAGGAUUCAAUGAAUGAUGAAGGACCAGGGGACAUUGUCACACAGGCAGAAAUGCUUGAUAAUAGUGUCCAAGAUCAAGCAAGAGAUGCGGAACGUUCUGAACUGGACAGCGUGACUCAAACGCUUCAGCCAAACUCUUCACUCUCAACUCCUAAACUUCAGGAUGAAGUAAAAACUGAUGUAGAAGACAAUUUACCAUCCACUUCAAAAGGAUACAACAGUCAACGAUUCAAGAAAGGAAAAAGAAAGCUAACACCCAGUAAGCAGGAAGAAUUUGUGAAAGAACUUGAAAAAGACCGCGCCAGUAGAAAUAAGGAGUUCGAUUUUUUGAAAAAUCACCUAAAGAAAUCUGAAGAACAAAGAGAUCGUUUUUUAAACAUAUUAGAACAUGCCUUUCUACCCAAAAAACAAAAAAAGGAUGUCUCAAAAGAAAAACAAAUUGCCGAAUUAGGGAAACAGUCAAGAGAUAAGUGUUCUAAAACUCUAAUCUCGGAAAACAUUGAGAUUGAAAACUUGCCCCCAGCGGCCCCAGCUCAAGCUCCAUCUUUUUCUCCAAUAGCCUUAGACCAUGAUUAUCCUGGUGGUAGUUGUAGUUCAAGUAUGAGUAAUGCUGCCAGCAGGAAAUUUCACAAUAAAUAUCAGAAACUCAAAUUCACCAGUAUAAAGCUUGGGUCUGGGAAAGGGCGAAGCGCUGCUGUUUGCAAUAUUUGCAAAGUGACAUUGAAGAACACCUCUAUAGAAAUCCAUAGAAAUAGAUGUAUUCCUUCUCCAAACUCUCCACAAUCCGAAACCAAUAGCCUUGAAUAUUCUGAUGAAGAUGACAGUACCAGCUACCAUAAAAGUUCGAAGGUGCCUCGAACCAGAACAACUAAAGCAUUUCAGAGCUCUGCAGCUAAUACCGAUACCACCAGUGCAAUAUAUUCACAGUUAGGCAAAAGCAUCACAGGGCAAGCCACAAGUAGAGAGGAUUUGACCGAUGUGAAUGAAAAUUUCACCGAGGAAAUUCUUGUUGAUGAUGUAGAAAUUUGCAAUAUCGAGCAAAUGGAUUUUGAUGAUGUGCAACUAAUUGAUGAGGCUACCCUACAAAACAUUGAUCUUCCCAAUGCUGCUUCCUAUGCUUCCGAUUCUGAAAUGAUAUCUUAUAGAAACGACCAUGGUACGUACUGUGCGAGUGUAGGCCAAUAUUUAGAAGUUGGGAGUAAUAAUCUUUCCAACCAAAAACAAAAAGUUCCAGAUAUGUUUAAAACCAAAGCCGUGGUGGCUGAUACAUCCUUGCCAACUUCUACUUUAAUAUCAAGUUCUUCCAAAGGCAAUUUGUUCGAUACUAUUGAAGAAAAAAAAAGCGGCAAGUGGACGAACUCCAAGAAAAAAUAA